AUGACUGCCGUGAGCUUUUUCGGCCCAGACCUCGAAGAAGCCCUCGCACGAGUGCCCGAUUUUGUGUUCCAUCAUAUUGGAGAAAUAAGGGAGCCGGUUUCUCCGCUCACAAGUGCUUCAUCACUCGUGCAUACCACCACCGUGGAUGGCUGCCCAGAGCUGGACUGUCUCUUGGUUGGCGCCGGGCCCAACCCGACCCAUUUCCAAAUUCCACCGAAGUAUGUCGAGUCCAUUCAGCGUCAUGUUGCCGCUGGAAAACUACUGUUUACCACCUGCACUGGGGCUGCAGCUGUUGCAGCCACUGGGGUUCUGGAUGGGAAGCGUGCCACAGUCAACAAUAUGGAGUAUGAUUGGACAAAGGACAAGAAGUGGAUCGUUGUUGGUAAUGUUGGACAGGCGGGGGAGUGGUCGCUGGAAUGGAUGUGUUCGCACACGGGUUGGAAGAGGAUUUUAGGAUCACUGUCUCUUGACUACGAGCCACGUGAUAGCAACGGGCUAUUCAAUGCGCUGCAAUAA